AUGGCCUUCAACAAUGCUCAGCUACGACCUGCUGUUGUGUUCAAAAACCAAAGCUUUCGUAACAGCAUAGUGCACUCAAGGUAUUUUCGCUGCUUCUGCGAUCGUCCCAUUUAUCCCUCAUUCACCAUCUCUCCUUCAGCCUUCUCAAAAUAUGAUAUGGAUAUUCCCUCUCUUAUUGCUGGAUUGGGAUGGGAAUCGUUGACAGAGGAUCAAUACUUUCUUCAAUGUCCUAAAGCAGUCAGGCUAUUCUAUGUCAACAUUCGUCGUGAUCAUGGCACUGCACCACGGUCCUUCACCACCAUGGUUUAUGACCAUGAAAUCACAGUCACCCCAGAUCUCCUUGCCUCUGUUCUAUCACUUCCUCGCUCUGGGAUUAAGGCAAGUUAUGAUAGUGAUUUUGCUGAACAAGGGUUUGACUUUGAUGUCGCCCUUGAUCGGUUAACCUAUGACAUUGGCAAGACCUUCUCCAAUCAGCUAUCAGUUGGUCGACUUCCAGAUGAUCUAAAAGUCCUGCACUUUUUCAUCACUCGAUGCUUCCUUCCCCGCGACAUUACAAGUGCUGGGUUACUUCAUUCCUUAGAUCUCUGGAUUAUGGGCAAUGCUCGUGCUCGUCAACCCAUAAGUUAUGCGUCACUGAUGUUUGCACACAUGCUCGAUUUUGGCGUCGGUGCCUACAGGGGUACUCUACCCUUUGGACCCCUCAUUACUCGCUAUUUACAUCGCCUUGGCAUUUACUUUCGCGACAAGGUAGCAGUGUGUAACGUCCAUGAUGAUCUACGCCCUAAUCAUGUUCUCGUUCGUCUCGAUGCUGAUGUUGGGCGUCGUAAGCUUGUCUCUGGCUCAGGGGGAGACGCUAGGCCCUGCUGCUCAGCCUUCUCUCCUGGUGAUCCUAGUUCUGAUAGCUUGAUUACAGCCUUAACUCAAGUUGCAGUCUCAGCCAUAGAUAUUGAGGUCAAGCGUCAAAAAGAGACUGGCAAUGGAAGGACCACAGGUCUUCAGGUUUGCAAAGAACGUCUUGAACUGAUGGAGGUUGAUGAAGCUAGGCCAGCUCCAGAUGACUUUGAUCCAAUCUCAUCUGACUCGAGUUAUGAAGAUGAAAUUUCAGACUAUGAGUCACCUCCUAGUUACCCGUUCUAG